AUGAGUCAUCUUCCAGGAGUAUUGUUCUUCUGGAAAGAUCCGGAAAGACCAAUUGAUAUGAUACUUCUCCAGUCAGAUCAGUCCAAGAGUUUUGUGUUAUAUGUCACCAUUCUCAGAGCUGACCUUCAACUCUCCAAGUCAUAUAGUAUUCAUACCACCAUAAUUCCGACACCUUCUUCGAUCCCAAUGACGCCAUUCAAUUCCACCAAGCGGACGCCACCUAACAAAAAGUCUCGCGAUGUUAAUCUCUCGUCAUUAGCAUGCGCCAUGAAUAAUCUUAGUUCACCACCUAUAAAGGCGGAUCCAUCCUCCACAGGGCGUAGACCUGUCCUGACUUCGUGGAAGAGAACGGAGUGGGGAGGAGAUCGGGAACGCUGGGGUGUGAGGCUAGCUAUGGGCUUAAAAAAUAAAAGAGAGGGGAAACUAAACUACCCCACACCCACCACACCCACCACACCCACCACACCCCCCAUCCACACCACACCAACACCCAUCCAUCCGACACGCCGCUGA